CGUUGAAUAAAGCGGAGCCGUCAUGUUUCCGUCCCUCCCUCUCUGUCCGUUAGCCAGGCAGCCGCUUCUCUCUACCCGCCCGGAACAAAACACCAGAAAACAACCAUGUCCGAGAAACUUCCCUUCAAAGUCGCUGACAUCAGCCUGGCUGAAUGGGGGCGUAAGGCCAUCGACAUCGCUGAGAACGAGAUGCCGGGCCUGAUGAAGAUGAGGGAGCUGUACGGCCAGACCAAGCCGCUGAAGGGCGCCCGCAUCGCCGGCUGCCUCCACAUGACCCUGCAGACCGCCGUGCUCAUCGAGACCCUGACCGCUCUCGGAGCCGAGGUCCAGUGGUCCAGCUGCAACAUCUUCUCCACCCAGGAUCACGCUGCUUCCGCCAUCGCCAAGUCUGGCAUCCCAGUGUAUGCAUGGAAAGGUGAGACCGACGAGGAGUACAUGUGGUGCAUCGAGCAGACUCUCUACUUCAAAGACGGUCAGCCACUCAACAUGAUCCUGGACGACGGUGGAGAUCUGACCAACCUGGUGCACCAGAAGUACCCCAAACUGUUGGCAGGUAUCCGUGGCGUGUCGGAGGAGACGACCACCGGCGUCCACAACCUGUACAAGAUGAUGAAGAAAGGAGAGCUGAAGAUUCCCGCCAUCAACGUCAACGACUCCGUCACCAAGAGUAAGUUUGACAACCUGUACGGCUGCAGGGAGAGUCUGAUCGAUGGAAUCAAGCGCGCCACCGAUGUGAUGAUCGCCGGGAAGGUGGCCGUGGUGGCGGGCUACGGUGACGUGGGCAAAGGCUGCGUUCAGGCCCUGCGGGGAUUCGGCGCCAGAGUCAUCGUCACCGAGGUCGACCCCAUCAACGCCCUGCAGGCCGCCAUGGAGGGUUACGAGGUGACCACAAUGGAUGAGGCCUGUAAGGAGGGAAACAUUUUUGUCACCACCACCGGCUGUGAAGACAUCAUCCUGGGACGUCACUUUGAGAGCAUGAAGGACGACGCCAUCGUCUGCAACAUCGGACACUUCGACUGCGAGAUCGACAUGAACUGGUUGAACGCCAACGCUGCCGAGAAGAUCAACAUCAAGCCUCAGGUGGAUCGGUAUCGUAUGAAGAGCGGUCGUCACAUCAUCGUGCUGGCGGAGGGCAGGCUCGUCAACCUGGGCUGUGCCAUGGGACACCCGUCCUUCGUCAUGAGCAACUCCUUCACCAACCAGGUGCUGGCUCAGAUUGAGCUGUGGACCAACACCGCCAAAUAUCCAGUGGGAGUCUACUUCCUGCCCAAGAAGCUGGAUGAGGAGGUGGCGGCGGCUCACCUGGACAAGCUCGGUGUGAAACUCACCAAGCUGACGGACAAGCAGGCCAAGUACCUGGGGCUGCCUCAGAGCGGGCCCUUCAAACCCGACCACUACCGCUACUGAGCCGCCGGCCCGGCUGAGGAGGGGAGGGUGUGUGUGUGGUGUGUGUGUGGGUGUUUGUGUAUGUGUGUGCGCGCGUGUGUGUGUGUGUGUGUGUAUGGUUCAGUGUUGGUGGGAGUGGGGGGAGAGUUUGGCCAGGCUGAGAGAGCCUCACUUUCAGCUCGACGACCAGGUUCAUGCUUUUUUGUUUUGUUUUCAUCGCUCCUUCAUGGUCCCUCAGUUGAGGUUUGAGGCAUGAAAAUCCACAUAAGAGGCCAAGUGGCCCCAGGCUGCAUGUCGGAGCUCAACGCCAAGCAAACAUUUACCUUCUCUACCACCGAGAUCUCACCCUCCAGAAUCCUCCUCGACUUGCUUGGAGUUUUUCUGUGUUUUUCUUUGUUUUUUUCCUGCAGGCUGACCUGGUUUGGCUCACUGCCGUCCUCUCUCUCUUCAUCAGCAUCCUGCUGCGACACCAUAAAUUAUAAAGUGAUAGUACGGCUUUAUUUUUUAAAGAGAUGUCUCGCUGUUAAAUGUCAUUUUCUCUCUAAUUAAGGAAUCUUAAAAAGCCUGAUGCUUUUGCUGUCACCUCACGUCACCCUCCUCCUCCUCCUCUGUCCUCUCCAGAUGAAAGGCGAUGCCAGUUCUUCCUCUCUGUCUUAAUUAAACAAAGCUCUUGGUUUCACUGCACAGUGGCCUUACGUACUCGAUGAAAGCUGUGCUUGAAUUGUGUUGUGAGCGCGACGCCGGCGGCCUCUUCAAGGCCUCGCGACGUUUUUCCGCAGCUAAACUCACAGGCUGAUCAGUUGGGAGUAAGAUGAGUGCAAAGAGAAGCGCCAAAGCACAUCAGUUUGAUUUUGCCUGGCUCACAAAAGACUUUUCUUCCUCUCUGUUGCCUCAUUUUUUCUUUCUUUUUGUAAUUUUUUUUUUUUUUUAAAUCAGCGUGGUCCCUCCCCCUGCUCUGGUUAAGUCUCAUUUUCUGGCCAAUCAGGUUCUUCUGUGGCUGGCUGUAAAUGUGCCGGGGCGAGGUUAGCUUGGCGGCCGUGGUUGUGAAACGGUUACAGCCUGUUGUAUCGAGUGCAACUCCCUGUUGUCUUCAUACACAAACUGUCACAUGUGAUGAUGAAAACAAAAAG